ACUUUAAUGUGAAAGGUGGGAACAUCUGAGAAAACGGGUUCACUGCAUUGUGAUUCUACCUGUGUUGAAUCUCCACGUGUUGUGUAUCUGAUUUCUUCUGUAAACAUUUGAAGUUCAAAUUUCAUCAAAAGAAAACUUAUGAAGAAACAAAGCAAAGUUUUUUGUAAACAUUUUCUUUUUAUAAUUGUUGUUGACAUAACUCGCUGCAUUUAAGCCAAUGAAGAUCAAGUUACAAGUAUUUCAACCAAUCAAAACAAAGAAACAACAUUUGAAAAUUGUACAAUCCGCACAGCACAUGAACAAAUUUUUGUGAGAGGAAAAAUAACGCCGUCGCGAACUUGUCGAAAUGACGAAGUCAGAAAAUGGAAAAGUACAAUACAAUGCUUCCAACGAAGAUGUUGUAAUCGACGAAGGGGAGACAUUUAACGACGCAUGCUUACCGCAACUAUUGCGUUUACCGAAACAAACAUGGCCCAUAUUAAAUGCAGAAUUGUGCGAGCGUUUCUCCUACUAUGGUAUAAAAACUGUCCUCGUCAUUUAUUUGACCAAGUCGUUAAUGAUGUCAGAUUCAGAUGGUAAAGCAUACUACCAUGCUUUUAGUAUGGUUAGCUAUUUCACAGGUGUUCUCGGAGCUAUGAUGGCAGACAGUUUUCUCGGAAAAUACAAAACGAUCAUAUGGUCUUUGGUACUUUAUUCAAUUUCUGAAAUUGUUUUGACUUUAACGACAAUUCCUUCUAUUGGAAAAGGAAAUAGUGCAGGACCUCUGAUUGGUUUGUUUGCAACAGCUGUUGCUUGUGGUAACAUCAAACCAUGUAUGGCUGCAUUUGGUGGGGAUCAGUUCAAUCAGAAAGAUACUGGUUUGAUAUCCACCUUCUUCUCUCUGUUUUAUAUGUCAGUAAAUGUUGGAGCUAUGUUGACCAUGAUUUUUGUUCCAAUGAUAAGAACGGAUAUCAAAUGUUAUGGUUCUGAUUGUUAUCCUGUUGUGUUUGGUGUCAACUGCAUCGUCAUUAUCCUUGCUACAGUUUCGCUGUUUCUUGGGUCACCUUUCUAUGUCAAAAAAGAACCUGAAGGAAGUAUUAUGAUCCGAGUGUUUAAAAUUAUCGGGCAUGCUCUCUCACGAAAAAUGAAAUCCUCUGAAGAAACUUAUCAUCACUGGUUAUAUUACGCACAAGAUAAAUAUGACAAAACUGAAAUUGAUGAUGUCAAGUCACUUAUGAAAGUUCUUGUCAUGUAUCUUCCACUUCCGGUGUUUUGGGCUUUGUUUCAUCAACAAGGUUCAAGUUGGACUCUUCAAGCUACCCAAAUGGAUGGUGAUUUCGGUGGUGGUGUUAUGUUAAGAUCAGACCAAAUACAGUUUUUCAAUCCAGUCUUGGUUUUGAUUCUCAUUCCUGCUUUUAACAUUGUUAUCUAUCCCAUGUUUGAGCGAUGUCGACUAGGGUUAAGCCCUCUAAAAAAGAUGGUAGGAGGUAUGCUGUUAGCAGCUGUAGCAUUUGCUAUCACUGGAUUCAUGCAAAUCAAAAUACAAGAUGUGCAGUCACCACCUCCUGCACCGCCCGCGACAAUGACAAGUGUCGAUUUCAUCAAUGUCUCACCUUGUGAAGUUAUUGAGUUAAAUCCUAGCUCGUUUCUGAAAAUUUCAUUGCCGUAUGGACAGAACACCGGUCAUAAAAUUGGCCAAUCAGGCAAUAGAACGUUUAAGGUCAAAGGAACCAACUGUUUCAAAAAGGUGGAUUUCUACACGAAUGAAGUGACAGUUUCUUUGAAAGCUGGCGCAAGACAAACGGUUUUGUUAGAUAUUGCUGAUGACGGUAUGAUGGAAAGUACAGUGGUCGAUCAUUUAUUUCCUGCUGUUAGUGUAACAAAAGCUCACACGAGAGUAAGAACAUUUUACGUACCUUCAGGAAAUAUGUCUGAUCUUGUUCACCUUACGUACGAUCAUGUGAUUGAAAAGAAAGACAGUGUAGUGGUGAAAAACUUUACAUCAUACAAUGGAACGUACGAUUUUAUACUGGCUGAUGAGUAUCAACUUUUGGUGAGGCCAUGGAAUAGUCAAAAUGGAUACAACAUUAAGCUUCCUAGCGAAAAUCUGAAACUUGGAACUUUUGGAGCAUACACAAUUACAUUAAAAAGACCAAAACACCAGAAAUACUCGCGUGACUUGGUGGCACAUUUAUAUGAGGAUGUCGACAGCACAUCUGUGCACCGUCUAUGGCAACUUCCGCAGUAUGUUGUCAUUACAGCUGGUGAAGUCAUGUUUUCGGUGACAGGUCUUGAAUUUGCUUACUCUCAGGCUCCACCAAGUAUGAAGUCAGUUUUGCAAGCAUGCUGGCUGCUUACUACAGCUUUUGGUGAUCUUCUGGUGGUGAUCUUGUCUGUUGCUAAGCCUGUCGAUGGAGUGGAAAAAGAAAUGUUUUUAUACGGUGGCAUUAUGUUGGUCGUUGCUUUUAUAUUUGCUGUCAUGUCAUAUUUCUACACUUAUUCCGACUUCAGUGGAAACAUAACCACUAACCCGGCAGACGAAAAAGAAAUAGAAGAAUCAAAGUUAAAUUCGGCUGACUCGACUACGCACUUGUAACCCAAAAUGGUAACCAAAGCUGCUAGGCUUGUUUCGCGUGCGCGUUAAAUUAGAUUUGAUUUCGAAUGUCUUGCUUGUAUCAGAGCUUGCAAGGGAAGUUUUUGUGAAGCUUAACAAAAGCUGAAUGAAAGUUAAACGCGUGCUUUUCUUCAUAUACAUUGUGGUAUUUUCUAACUUGCUGCUCUCGACCGAAAGUAACCUUAUCUAUUUUCUAAUUUCUAAGACAGGGAUGACUUAAAGAACUUCGACUAUAGUAGUGUGUUAUCGUAGUUAUAAAUCUAAAUAUUUCAGCUGGUUUUGAUUUCCAGUGUUACAGUGUUAAAACCCAUUUUCAGGAGCAUUCUUCAGUGUUCUAAAUUGCAUGACAUUAUAGAUCAUUCUGAUAGAAGUGAGGCUAGAGCUUACUAAAUACAGCUGUGAAAAUGAAAAUAUAAGAGAGAUGCAAGAAUAAAAGGGAGGGUUGUGUAGAAAUUAUAAAUAUAAAGUCUAGAAUACGUUUAAAAUUUUUUUUUUUAUUGUAAUCUUAAAAUUUAUCGAUUAAUAUUGAAAUUAUAAAUGUAUAGCAAAGAUAUAAAAAACAUUGUAUAUAAAUUUGUAGUUUUAUGAUUCUAUUUUUAAAGAUGAGUUUAUAUCAUGA